UGCUCAGUGUCAACUCUCCCUUCCACAGGAUCUCCAGACGUGGGUGAAUGGUGCUAAUGAAAACGGCUUUGUCCUCGUCUCAUUUGGAGCUGGAGUGAAGUACCUGUCAGAAGACAUUGCUAAUAAGUUGGCAAAGGCUCUGGCAAGACUGCCCCAGAGGGUUAUUUGGAGGUUUUCAGGAAACAAACCAAGGAAUUUAGGCAACAAUACGAAGCUUAUAGAAUGGCUACCACAAAAUGACCUCCUUGGUCACUCUAACAUUAAAGCUUUCCUUAGCCAUGGAGGUUUGAACAGCAUUUUUGAAACCAUGUACCAUGGGGUCCCUGUGGUGGGGAUUCCUCUUUUUGGAGACCAUUAUGAUACCAUGACUCGUGUGCAGGCCAAAGGCAUGGGAAUACUGCUCAACUGGAAGACCAUGACUGAGAGUCAACUGCAUGAAGCCCUAGUAAAAGUUAUUAAUGAUCCCAGCUACCGGCAGCGGGCCCAGAGGCUGUCUGAGAUUCACAAAGACCAGCCUGGUCAUCCCGUUAACCGGACUGUGUACUGGAUUAACUACAUCCUCCGCCACAACGGAGCCCAACAUCUACGUGCCGCUGUUUACAGCAUCUCUUUCUUUCAGUAUUUCUUACUGGAUAUUGCCUUUGUUGUACUAGUGGGUGCUGCCUUACUUUAUUACCUUUUGGCCAGGAUAACAAAAUUCCUCUGCAAACAGAGCAAGCAGCUCUGGUCAAAUGACAAGCAUAGCGCUGUUAAUGGACACUACCAGAAUGGGAUCCCCAAUGGCAAGUAUAGAAGAAAUGGCCACAUUAAGCAUGAAAAAAAGGUGAAAUGAGCCAACCACCCCUUGUAAAGUAGUAAUGAAUCAGAUCAGUAAUCGAAUUUUAUCGCUGUAACUUAGUCUAACAACUACUUAAAACCUCAAUAAGCAGUUCUAACACUCCCCUUCAGUAUGUAAUAUUAUGUGACAAAAUUCUACGGAACUAAGAGAAGUCUUUAAAAAAAAAAGCAACAGCAAAGCAAGCACAACCUAAAAUGGAAAAUAUUUUAUUCUUAAUACUGAUGCAGAGAGGUUAUUUUGGCACUGAAGAUUUUAGAAGCCUUAAUUCUCUAAAGUUCUAUACAAUGACCGUAUUUAUGACUUUUCAGUUUUUCCAAGCUCAAUGUGUGUGUCCCAAACGAGGAGAGGUUUCUUUUUAUUUGCAGAGGUGUUCUCCUUUUAUUUUUUUAUUGUUAUUUUAAUAUCCCCAUCCUUUUAGCUGAGAGAACUUUAGUGCUAGCUCUGUGUUCCCUUUUGUGGAAGGUUCAACAUGUUGUGUCAGAAUGCUGUCUAAAACACAAGUUAUUUUGCCCAGUCUUUAUGCAAGAAAAAGCAAGCUGUGAACUGAACACAGACAUUAAAAAAAAAAAGAAAUACUCUUAAUGAGCACUGAAGAAAAAUGGCAAAAAUAUGUACUUGUUCUGCUGAUAAGCUGCAUGACUCUUCUGCUCGCUACCAGUACUUUGGAGAAAAGGGUCUUGAGCAAGACUGCAGAAUGUCCUGAUUUUAACUUAGGCAAAAUUUUGUUGUCUUUUUCUGCGUAUAUAAUUUAUGCCACAAAAAUAUUAGGGAGUUCUAUUUCAGUUCAAAAUAUGGCUGUGUGGGAAGUAGAUUUGCAUAAUUAAGCAAACCAAGUGAAACAACAACA